AAACUGAGUUCAACAUGAACACCUGAAUGCAGCACAUGAAGUUCAAUCUGGAGCGAGUUGUGACAUUCGAUGGCCACCGAGGAAAAACAUAGUUGUUCGGACGACACUUUUAACCCAGACCCAGGGGGAGCAGGAACAACACCAAAUGCCCCAUGUGACCAAAGCGCAGAGCAGAUUACAAGCAGGCAGUUGACUGAACCAGGCCGGUUUGCUUAUGCAGCAUUGUGUAGUGUUUCUCUGGGGCAUUUAUUUUCUGGAACAGAAAACAGUGUGUUUAGGGAAAACUACCUGCAGGGAUUAGUCCUCUGGCUGGAACUGGAUGAGUCUGUGAUGCCGGUUAUGGGGGCCUUCCUUUCAGGCCUUGGCUUUGAGGGAUCUGACACAUUUCUUUCCGUCCUCCAGGCUGAACCACUGCUGGCUGCAGGAGCCACCCCCAUCAUACAGGAUCUGGUGUCUUUUUCUGUCAAAGAUGGUCAGUAUGAUGCCCGAGCCAGAGUUCUCAUCCGACAUGUCAGCUGUCUACUACGAGUUGCUCCGCAGCAUCUGGAGAAGUUUGAGGAGACACUAGGAGAGACGCUGACAGAACAAGGAGAAGAGAGCGAAGAGGAGUCCUCUCGGCGGCGGAGGAAAGAAAGAGGACGAAAGUUACGACGCUACCUCCUCAUUGGACUGGCCACUGUUGGCGGAGGCACUGUGAUUGGUGUGACAGGUGGGCUGGCAGCUCCGUUUCUGGCGGCAGGGGUCGGUGCUGUGAUUGGUGCUGGAGGAGCUGCAGCUCUGGGAUCAGCCACUGGCAUUGCCGUCAUGGCCUCCUUAUUUGGAGCCGCAGGAGCUGGAUUGACUGGAUAUAAGAUGAAAAAACGUGUUGGAGCAAUCGAGGAAUUUGAAUUCCUUCCACUGAGUUCUGGAAAGCAUCUCCACCUGACCAUUGCAGUGACUGGCUGGCUCUGCAGCGGUAAAUACAGUUCGUUCCAGGCCCCGUGGUGCAGCCUGGGCGAGUGUGGUGAGCAGUACUGCCUGGUGUGGGAGUCACGUUUCCUCAGAGAUCUGGGUUCAGCCAUGGCCUUACUGUUGGAUGGGCUGGUCAGCAUGAUGGCCCAGGAGGCUCUCAAGUACACAAUUCUCUCAGGCAUCGUGACGGCCCUGACGUGGCCUGCGUCUUUGCUGGCAGCAGCCAGUGUCAUUGACAACCCUUGGGACGUUUGCCUGAAUCGCUCAGCUGAGGUGGGGAAGCACCUGGCUCAGGUUUUACGAAGCAGACAACAGGGAAAGCGUCCUGUCAGUCUCAUUGGCUUCAGCCUUGGGGCAAGAGUAAUCUAUUACUGUCUACAGGAGCUUGCCAAUGACCACGGUAGUGAAGGAGUAGUGGAGGACGUGGUUCUCCUGGGGGCCCCAGUGAACGGCUCUGAGAAAGCCUGGAAAAGAAUGACCAGAGUAGUGGCUGGCAAAAUUGUAAAUGGCUACUGCAGAGGGGACUGGCUCUUGGGGUUCUUGUAUCGAAGCUCUGCCGCACAGCUGAAUGUUGCUGGGCUGCAACCAGUCAGCAUCAGCGAUCAACGUGUUAUCAACGUGGACCUUUCUUCUGUGGUUAAUGGUCACUUGGACUACAUGCGUCAAAUGGACACCAUCUUGGUAGCAGUGGGAGUCCCGACCAAAGAAGUUCCAGGAUCCUCCUUUGGCCUUCCUCAGUCUGGGACACCACCAGCAAAGGGGACAGUGGACAAACCUGACCGAGGUCCAAAUGAAGAGAAAUCAAGUGAGACACAUAGCAGAGCAGUUGAGACAGAAGAAGGCAGAGAACUGAGUCAAGCCAUAAUAACAGAGGAGAAUGGUGAGGGAUGGGAUAUCCCUGAUAUUUCAGACCUGCUUGAGUCUUUGAGCGAUGGCGAGUCGGAGCGUCAGGCAGCAGUUAGGAACAAUUUACCAGAUGGCAGUGAGGAAAAUGCCACUAAAAAUGACCUGGGCUGGGCUUUCGCUCAGCGUGACAGUGACAAGGUGGCGGGGCCUCAUAAUGACCAAAUGUCUUGGGGGAGGGGUGAUGGACGCUGGAGCACAGAGUGUGUAGAGACAAAUAAAGGCAGCCAUUCCAGUCUCGAUUUAUUGACAGAAACAGAGCACCAAAGUGGCAGUUUCAGCAUGAAAAUCCCCUCAAUUGAUGGAUGUAUUCCUGGAAACUAACAGUGUCGGUUCUUGUGGCCUUAUGCUCAUGUCCUCUGUCUGAGGAACAGUGCACCUGACCUUUAAUUCUCUCUUUGUGGGUGGUGAGCUCACAUGGAUGUGACUCCAUGCUGUUUUCUUCGGGCUGAGCCCAACUAUGUUCCAUGGCUGUAGACCCAGCUACCAGGUGCUUGCCGGCGGGUUCCCCUGCCACAGGCCUGACUCCAAGAGGAGACUCUGGAUUCCCUAAUCUGGGUGUGGUGACGCAUUCCAUUUUUGUGUCAGUCACAAAGGGUCUUUGUUGAAUUACCCUGUAUCUGUCUCCUUGCCUGUAUAUGCUGAGUGGGCCCAGCCAGUUUACAAGUGUUUUGUGGACUUGGAAAAUACAUAUGAGCAGGUACCCCAAGGCGUCUUGUGGGAGGUGUGGCAGAAGAAUGGGAUUUUGGGGCUGCUGCACCACAUUAUCCAGUCUGUAUACAACCUAAUAUGGGAGCGGUGUCCACAUUUGUGGCAUUGCAUCAGACCUGUUCAGUGCUUGUUGGGACUCCACCACAGGUCCCCUUGUCACCACGGGAUUUCAAAGUGUAAUCAGGGAUUGGAGGGUGUCCCAUUUGGCGACCUCAGAACUGCAUCUGUGCUUUUUGCGGAUGAUGUGGUUCUGUUGGAUUAAUCGGACAGUGACCUCUGAUGUGCACUGGGCAUGUGUGAAGUGACUGGGAUAGGUCUCAGCAGCUCCAAAUCUGAGGCUAUGGUCCUCUGUUGGAAGAGGGUGGAUUGUCCCUUCUGGGUCAGGGGAGAGUUAUUGCCCCAAAUCAAAGAGUUGAAGUAUCUCAUGAUGAAGAAAGAAGCCGUGGCUCUUGAUUUACCAGUCGAUAAAUCGCACAACCUUGAGCUUUUGGUUGUAACCGAAAGCUCACGGUUGCGUAUCUGAAUGGUGGAAAUGAGGAUCCACCCUCUAAGAUCUCUAAUACUCAGGGACAGGGCGAGAAGAUUGAAUAUAUCUGAGAGACUCUGAGUAGAGCUGCUGCUUCUUUGCAUCGAAAGGAGCCAGCUGAGGUGGUUCAGGCAUGAACAGCGAGGAUGUGCCCUGGAGGGUUUUUUUUUUAUUACAAACUGUGAUUAGUGUUGGAUUAUGUUAGUGUUAUCCAACAACCUUUAGUUACCAAACAAGCAGCUGUGGCUUUGGUGGCCACCAGAUCUAGGCUUUGAAAACAGAAUCAUCUCAAAGUUCAGGAAGGUCCUUUUGAGCUAAAUGUAACUUCAAACCAACGGAUAUGUUGAGAGACAGCCAGAGUGAGAACAAAGACGUGUCUGCUUUGGCUACGUUCAUAUGUAAUCCUUCCGUGAAGGGUUGUGUGGACUUGCUAUUUGUGCUCUAGAAUGUAACCACUGUUAAUCAGAAAAUGAUCUUUCUGAUUUAGGAAAUGUUUGUUCAGAAACUCUGCCUGUCACAGACCCCAUUCACUGUGUACUUAGCUCAACCAUCUCCAGCGCGCUUUUCUUUUGAUCCUAAGUUCAUACAAAAUUUUUUUGGCAGGGUUGUGUGGAGGAAUAACUGUGUAAUUUGAGUUUUAGAAGAUAACUUCUGUGACAUAAUCAGAAAGUAACUAUUUAUUUCUCUGUAGAAACAGCCCAUGUCUCACAAUGACAACUACAGCUGUUCAAAACCCAUCAUCAAUCCAGCAUCCACUAACCAUCCAGCAGGUGCCACACACAUGUAUGGAAUAUUACAUGUUAUUAUUAAUUUUCGUGUUGCCUUGGUUGACAUGGAUAUUAUUGCAGCAAUCUGACCGGAAUAUGUCAAUGCAAGUGUCAAGUCUUCUACAAGGACAUUCUUUUCUCGUCUGCACAUGGAUUAACUGUGUUUGUGUCAGUGGAAAAUGAUGUGAUGUUGUGAUGGAGAUAGUUUACUUUCACAGUGGAACACUGUCUUAUCCCUGACACCAAUUUGAUGUCAUUUCUGUUGAUUUUUAAACCACAUUUUGUGAUGAGAACUUCCACACAAAUGAGAGACUAGCAGACAGAAUUUGAAGUUAAUCGUGUUGUGUAUGAUAAGUGAAUUUCUGCAGCCUUUACCUGUUUUGUUUUACUGACUUGUCCAGUUAUUUUUUUUCCUUUUUCAUUAAAAGGUUUCUUAAAAACAGAUUAAAGCUUGGAGACAA